CAACGGUUUAAACGGUUCAGGCCGCUUCAAGGCAGUGAAAGAAACAUUGCGUGUUUCAAAUGGCUAAUGAGAAAUCACAGAGAAAAUUAGUUUUGCACUUUGAUGCCAGGAACACUUUAUUUCUUUCGGACAAAAGCUACAGAUUUACUGUGGAGGAAGCUCUCAAUUCAUACAUCACUGGAAUUGUAUGGGGUCACUUGAGAAAUGAAUUAAUGGAAACUGUGAACCAAGAACCAUCAGAAAACGAUUCAAAUUUACAAGAUAAAUCUAUGAUUCCUUCUCAUUCAUUAUCAUCUGCUUCUUCUUCAUCACCAGUAGACGAUUCUGUCUCUGACUAUUCAAUGAGCAUUACUGAUGAAAUCAAUGGCAACGGAACUCAACAGCCAUCGAAGAUUCAUGUUACCGAUGAUAUGAAAGAAAAUCAUAGCAUCCCAGCUGAAAGUAAACUGAAUUUAAACCAGAAGACGAAUAAACUAAAAGACUACAUAAAAGAAAUUGAUUGUAAAAGUGGUAUUAUUACUUCAGUCAACACACAAAGUCAUCACCGUCAACCAUAUGCAGGUGAAAACUUUGAAAACCUCACUUCAAGCGAACUGAAUCAUUUCAAAUCAACAUUAGCCUGUUGGAAUCGUCUACCGGAAUCACCGUGUAUUCGACAACCUCAACCAGACGCAAUAAGUAUUUAUAAAUUAUUAGAACGGCAAAUUGUGAAAACAUCUUCCGAUAGGGGUCGACUGCGUAAAUAUCUUGGGAAUUUUACACAAACACCAGAAGGAAUACCAUUUCUAAAUCUAUUCACCGAACACUUGGAAUUACUUAAACUUACACCUGAAGAAUGUAUCAAUACUCCAUAUUGUUUACGCGUGAAAAGUGGGAAAAAUGAUGACAAUGACAACAGUAACAACGUAAGUAACAAUAGCUAUCACUAUUUAAUGCCGGCAUUUUACCGUUUAUUAACAUGGCUUAUAGACUCCAAUCGUCAAUUUGCUAUAUUCAUACGCACCUAUGGUAGAGAUGGUGAACAUAUUCUGUCUGCUGUUGAAGCCUAUGUUAAUGGUGAACAUCCACAAGAGAAACCACCAGUAAACGCUAAAUACUUAUUACCAAUUGACUUUACCAAAUGGUAUUUAAAACGCUCUGAAACACAACCGAUAUUUCAUCUGUACAAAGAGAGUGAACAACAAACAACUGAUGAUGUAAAACAACUAAUAGAAAUAUCACAUAAUCCAAACGAAAUUUAUAAUUUAUGGUCUAAACAAAUUGGUGCUGUUAGUGUUAUUGAUGAUUUCGCCUACUGGCAAGCGCAUAAUUAUCAUUACAAAUCAUCAAAACCAAUAUGGUUUAAUCCAGAGGACAAAACUGUUCAACAUAUUCUAUUUGAUGAUAAUAUACGUUUUGAAGACGACGGUUCAAAUGUCAUCGAUUUACAAUAUCUCGAAGAAAAUGGAUCAUCAUCAAACAGUUACAGUUUGGAUAUGAAUGAAGUCAUGAAAUGGGAGAAUAUUUAUUAUGUACAAGCAGAUCUACUACAGAUUAUACGGAAUAGAAAUUAUUUUAUUGAUAAAGUUUGUGAAUGUGAGACUAAUUUAAAUCGUGUACAAAGUGAAUUAUUGUAAAGAUAUCGAUAAAAAAGCGAAUGAAGAGCACAUUAUGAUGUAACAUUUGCACGUAACUAAUUUGUAUACUAAUUCCUUGUGUGUGUUUCAAGAGUAUCCUAUUAUUUUAACUAGAAUACAAUUGUCUUUUUAUAGAUUUGCUUUUCGCGACAGUUUUAAAACAAACAUUUUUUAUUUGAAAUUCUAUAUGCGUUUACAUUUUAGACUUAAAAUAUGAAGAAAGCGUUUGUUAUUUUAACCCAGUUUUCCUUCUUGUUGUCUGUUGUAUGUCAAAACACUUAGCGGAUAAAUCCUCUAUCUGUAAUCGAAUCAUUAGACAAUAAGCUUAAAAAGCAAUUAAGUAUAGUUUUUCUGCACAGUACAACCAAUGAGCCAUAGUUUUGAUGUUUGCUGAAUCCGAUUACCUAUUCAGUACUUUACAAUAAGUUGGGAGGAAACUGUCUGACGCUUUUUACAAACUUAUGUGAGUUAGAUGUUAGGAGUAAAUCGGCAGAAAGCUUGUGCCUAAUUUUUGUAUUCAGAAUUAUGUUGUCAAUCUUGAUGAUCACUUUACAUAUUUGAUAGAUAGAUUCUUACCAGCACUAAAAUCUGAUAUCAAAAUAUUCACAUUUGUGAAAAAGUAUUAACGUACAACCUUGUGUC